AUGGACACUAGUACGGGCCCAAAGUCUAUACACCUUACUGGUCCGAGAGCUCAUAAGGAAACAGCACAAAACGACUCGGCGUCUACUUCAGAGCCUCCUCAAGCCGCUCCUCGCGAGACUGAUUCAACGGCGCCCGGGACGGCCAGUCAACAACACUCAAGCGACCCUUUCAAAGACUCUGCAUCCACUUCAGAGCUUUCUCAAGCUGCUUCUCGCGAGACUGAUCCCACGACACCCCGAACGGCUCCUCAACAAUACUCAAGCGACCCUUUCGCUCCCAACUAUCGCUACCUCUGUCCUUGGAGUGCUGAGGAGAAGGCGGACUGGAUAGCAACGUAG